AUGGAUCCAUUAAUUCGUGGUGAAGUUGAAAAAUACAUUAAGAUACUUUAUCGUCAAGGUGAAACUCAUUCAUUUGGUUUAUUAACUCAUUGUAUAACUGGUAAUGAAUGUGGACGAAAUUAUUUACCAUCAUUUCAAGAAAUAAAUUAUGGCUUAUGUCAUAAUAUAGAUUAUCAUCGUCAAUGUAUUUUAUCAAAUAUAUUAUUAACAACUAAUGAAAAUAAUCAUGAUAUAAAAUGUACAUGUCAACAACCGUCCUAUGUGAAUAUAAUUCAUAAAUUAUUAAUACUUAUAAUUAUUCUUGAAAUUUUAUUUAUAUUUGUUAAUAUAUUUCGUUUAUGUCGUCGUCAUUGUAUGAAACAUUGUUUAAAUGAUAUUCAACUUCGUCUUAUAUCAAUUAUAUCAUCAUUAUUUUCAUUAUUAUUUCUUAUUAUUAUUAUAAUACAAUAUAAUGGUAAUCGUCUUACUGAACCAUUAGAAUUUUUUGAAUCUAUGCGUCGUCAUUAUUCUCGUAUACAAAUUUAUACAUUUUCAAAAGAUUUAGAAAUAAUUAUUCAACAAAUUGAAAAUGCUUUAAAUAUACGUAUAGGUGCAUCAUAUAUAUGUAUAUUAAUUAUAUUAAUAUUAACAUUAGUUUCAUUUUUAACAUCGAUAACAGUUGAAAUAAAAGUUUCAUCAACAUCAUCAUUAACAGAUAAUAAUGAAUAUAAUGAAAAGAAAAAUGAUCAUUUUCAAAAUCAUAAAAGUCAUAUACCAAUACGACCAAAACCAUCAGAACGUUUCAUACUAUCAGAACGUUUAGUCCCAUCAGAACGUUUUGUACCAUCGGAACAAAUUCGAUAUACACGACAAACAAAAGUUUAA